UCUCCCGUCCCGGCAGCGGCGGCGGCGGUGGCGGCGGCAGCGACGGCGGCGGCGGUAGCAGCCUGCGCGGUGCCUUCUGGGAACGGAAUCCCCAGGGCUGCCCCUGGCCCCUAUGGCGCAUGCGCGGGAGGCCGCUCGGUGAUCCGCGGCGGCGGCGGCGGCGGCGGCGGCGGCGGCGCUUCCUGCUAAGACCGGCCGGGGCCGUACCGGAGGCUCGGGCUCCACCGACCCACCUCCCACCCCCUCCCACUCACCCUCUGGGCCGCGACUGCGCAGGGCGGGGCCAGCCGAACCAUGGGCCGCGGUGUGGGCUAAGCUGGUGGCCCCGGCUUUAGACUGGAUCCCACAAUGUUUGCAGAAAUGUUCAGGCACAGGGGAGCUCAUCACACACAAUGAAUGGAGGCAAUGAGAGCAGUGCAGCAGACAGAGCUGGGGGCCCUGCGGCCACUUCUGUCCCCAUCGGGUGGCAGCGCUGUGUGCGAGAAGGUGCUGUGUACUAUAUCAGCCCAAGUGGCACAGAGCUGUCUUCUCUGGAGCAAACCCGUAGCUACCUCCUCAGCGAUGGGACCUGCAAGUGCGGUCUGGAGUGUCCACUUAAUGUACCCAAGGUUUUCAACUUUGACCCUCUGGCCCCGGUGACCCCGGGUGGGGCUGGGGUGGGGCCUGCAUCAGAGGAGGACAUGACCAAGCUGUGCAACCACAGGCGGAAAGCUGUUGCCAUGGCAACUCUGUACCGCAGCAUGGAGACCACCUGCUCACACUCUUCUCCUGGAGAGGGAGCAAGCCCCCAGAUUUUCCACACUGUGUCCCCAGGGCCCCCCUCUGUCCGCCCUCCUUGUCGAGCUCCUCCUACAACUCCACUUAACGGGGGUCCUGGCUCCAUUCCCCAAGACCCACCUUCCGUUCCCCAGGCCUUCCCCCCUCUGACAGGCCCUGCAGGGCUCUUCCCACCACCCCGGCUUCCUGAUCCAGUUCCCUCUGCAGGCAGCAGCAGCCCUUGUUUCCUCCCAAGAGGCAAUGCUCCCUCUCCAGCCCCACCUCCCCCACCUGCUAUCAGCCUCAAUGCCCCCUCCUACAACUGGGGGGCUUCCCUCCGAUCCAACCUGGUACCCUCUGACCUGGGCUCUCCUCCAGCCCCUCACGCCUCCUCUUCACCACCUUCAGACUCCCCUCUCUUCCACUGUAGUGAUGCCUUAACACCUCCUCCCCUGCCCCCAAGCAAUAAUCUCCCUGGUCCCCCUGGUCCCCCUGGUCCUGCCACUCAGCCACCAGUGUCUUCAGCCACUAUGCACCUGCCCUUGGUCCUGGGAUCCUUGGGAGGGGCCCCCGCCGUGGAGGGGCCUGGGGCACCCCCAUUCGUUGCUAGCAGUCUGCUCUCUGCAGCAGCCAAGGCCCAGCUGCCCCCUCCCCCUCCCAGCACUUUACAGGGCCGAAGGCCCCGUGCCCAGGCACCCUCAGCUGCCCACGCAUCACCCCGUCCCUCUCAGAGGCGGCCUCGCCGGCCCCCAACUGUCUUGCGGUUGCUAGAAGCGGGAGGCCCUCAGACCCCUAGACGGAGCCGUCCUCGGGCCCCUGCUGUCCCUCAGCCCUUUCCUCUCCCAGAGCCAUCCCAGCCUAUCCUCCCCUCUGUGCUGUCCCUACUGGGACUCCCCACCCCUGGCCCUUCCCACUCGGAUGGAAGCUUUAACCUUUUGGGGUCAGAUGCACACCUUCCUCCUCCCCCAGCCCUCUCCUCAGGGAGCCCUCCCCAGCCCAGGCACCCCAUUCAGCCCUCUCUGCCUGGGACCACCAGUGGCAGCCUCAGCAGUGUGCCAGGUGCCCCUGCCCCACCAGCUGCCUCCAAAGCCCCCGUGGUCCCCAGCCCCGCGCUUCAAAGCCCGUCUGGUGGGUUGGGGAUGGGGGCAGGCCCCGCCUGCCCUCUGCCUCCCUUGGCUGCUGGGGAAGCUUUCCCUUUCCCCAGCCCUGAGCAGGGCCUGGCUCUCAGUGGAGCUGGCUUCCCAGGGAUGCUGGGGGCCUUGCCUCUCCCUCUGAGUCUGGGGCAGCCCCCCCCUUCUCCAUUCCUUAGCCACAGUUUAUUUGGUGUGCUGGCAGGGGGAGGACAGCCUCCUCCUGAGCCCCUGCUGCCCCCACCAGGGGGGCCUGGCCCUCCCUCAGCCCCAGGCGAGCCCGAAGGGCCUUCACUCUUGGUGGCUUCUCUGCUUUCACCACCCCCUUCCGACCUCCUUCCCCCUCCUUCUGCACCCCCCAGCAAUCUCCUUGCCUCAUUUCUGCCCCUGUUGGCCCUGGGCCCCACAGCUGGGGAUGGGGAAGGCUCUGCAGAGGGAGCUGGGGGUCCAAAUGGGGAGCCAUUUUCAGGUUUGGGAGACCUGCCCCCCCUACUAUUCCCCCCACUUUCAGCCCCACCCACCCUCAUAGCUUUAAAUUCUGCGCUGCUGGCUGCCAGCCUGGAUCCCCCCUCGGGGACACCCCCCCAGCCCUGUGUCCUGAGUGCCCCCCAACCUGGACCACCUACCUCCAGUGUCACCACGGCAACUACUGACCCGGGGGCCUCCUCUCUGGGCAAGGCCCCCUCCAACUCAGGGAGACCCCAACUUCUUAGCCCUCUGCUGAGUGCCAGCCUGCUGGGUGAGCUGUCUUCACUAGCCAGCAGCCCUGGAGCCCUCCCCAGCCUGUUGCAGCCUCCUGGCCCUCUUCUUUCCAGCCAGUUAGGGCUGCAGCUCCUCCCUGGGGGGGGAGCGCCUCCCACCCUGUCAGAGGCUUCUAGUCCCCUAGCCUGCCUGCUACAGAGUCUCCAGAUCCCUCCAGAGCAGCCAGACGCCCCCUGUCUGCCCCCCGAGAGUCCUGCCUCAGCCCUGGAACCGGAGCCUGCCCGGCCUCCCCUCAGUGCCUUAGCCCCACCCCAUGCUUCUCCUGACCCCCCAGUCCCUGAGCUGCUCACUGGGAGGGGGUCAGGGAAACGGGGCCGGAGGGGAGGAGGGGGACUUAGGGGCAUUAACGGUGAGACCAGGCCAGGCAGAGGCCGAAAGCCGGGCAGCCGCCGAGAGCCUGGCCGGCUAGCACUCAAGUGGGGGACGCGUGGUGGCUUCAAUGGACAAAUGGAACGGUCCCCAAGAAGGACUCACCAUUGGCAGCAUAAUGGGGAGCUAGCUGAAGGGGGUGCUGAGCCCAAGGAUCCACCCCUUCCUGGGCCUCAUUCUGAGGACCUUAAGGUGCCCCCGGGGAUAGUCAGAAAGUCUCGUCGUGGCCGGAGGAGAAAAUACAACCCCGCCCGGAACAGCAGCAGCUCCCGCCAGGAUGUUACCUUGGAACCCAGCCCUACAACGCGAGCAGCUGUCCCUCUGCCUCCCCGGGCUCGCCCUGGACGUCCUGCCAAAAAUAAGAGGAGGAAACUGGCCCCGUAGCAGCCAUACCUGGAGCUGGAAUCUGACCCUGACUGGGGAGAGCUGAGUGCUGAGCCUUGGGAGCCCCUGCCAGCCACAUGCACCUGUGGACAGUGGGUGGGGCACAACUCCCCACUCAGAGCACAAACGCAACCCCUUCCCCUACAAAUCCCAUCCUGAGCCAUUGCAGGGGGUAGGGAAGCUCACCCCCUCCCCCCCAAAGCCAUGUCACUGAAGAGGCCUGGGGGGGUGGUAUAUGGCCCCCUCCCCAUCAGGCGCUAAGGGGAACACCCCUUCCCCAGGUCUUUUAUUUGUUUAAGUUAUUUUUGCACAAAUGACUCUUUUAUAUUUAAUUCGACUUCAUUGCCUCCCUUCUUAAAGCCAGCAGGCUCAGUUUACAAACCUGUGAGCUACUGUUGGCUGCUGCCCUCCUUCCCAGUGAAAGGUACAGAGCAAUAAGCAUCAUGCAUCUCCCCGCACCCCACUAGCACCCCUCUGCCUCUGGCUCAGGUUGCUCAAAGCACAGACCCCCUCUUACCCUAUCCCCAGGACCGAAACACAUAGCCUCGUUUCCAAGUGUAGCCAGGUUCCCUCCCUCUGCUUCCCUCUGGGAUAUGAAAAGGGGGCCAAGAGGACUUUGGAUCUCUCCUCCAUACACACUACACUGGCCCUUCUCCCCCAUCAAGCGCUCAGAGACGUUGUGACGAUGCCACUGGGGAUUAUGCAGCGUGGUCCAGCCGGAGCGGCCAGCAUGACCAGCUGUCCAGGGGCUGCCUCCUGCCUUUUUUUUGUAAAGACAAGACCCUUGGGAGUUUUCAUUCUGUUUUGUACUUGCCCUGUGGGGCCUCCACUGCUUUUCUAUGGGAGACACUCUUAAUUUAACAGAUGAGAAUAUUUUGAAACUCUG